AUGUUUCCAGAACUGGCCAAGAGCAAACGUCAGGAAGGAGGCUCCAGACCGCUAAAGAGAUCUGAUGGUAUUUUGCUUCUUUGUGGCUGUGUGGCUUUUCCUGCUUUCUUGCUGCCCUUGCCCACCUGUCUCCCCACAGCCUUUAUCACAGUUCUGCCUGUAGGACUGCCCCACCCCAAAAGUGGGUUUGCAGAGGUCCAGGAGUGUAGCUAUGGGGAGAAUGUGAAGGAGAUUGUGCAACAAGAACCCCUACUGGGCCUGGGAGAGGGAAGACAAUCAGUGGGGAUACUGGGGUGUGUGCUCAAAGCAGAGAAGGGGCCUGUUCUGGAAGACAAACACCAGCCUGUGACCUCAGGGUCUAUUACCAGGCAGGGCAGGCCUAGAUGA